AUGGAAAUGAAUGUCAUAAAAUAUCUAUGCUUUGCUGAAUACGUAGGGAAAUCAUUUUGUGGGUGACAAAAUCAAGGAAAGCCAUCCAAUCAGCCAACAGUAUCAGGUGCUUUAGAAGACACAUUGAGAUAUAUAAUAAGGAAGCCUAUUGAUAAAGGUUUCAUUAAAUCAUUUUCUUUGCAAGGCUCUAGUAGAACUGAUAGUGGGGUGCACGCAAUUUCUAACGCUUUUCAUAUAGAAUUUACGACUUUACCAAAUUUCGUGUUAAUUCAACCUACUAAUUUGGUGUUUAAAUUCAAUCAAGAAUUAAAAAAAGCAAAUCAUUUGAUAAGAGUUAAAAGAAUUGAAGAAGUAAGCCCAGAUUUUCAUGCAAGAUUUAAUGCUCUGUAUAGGAAAUAUAUAUACAAAAUUUAUAUAGGCCAAUCAUCAGUUUUUCUAGAGAAUUAUUAUUGGGUUAUAGACGAUAUUGAUAGAGAAAAACUUUGUCAAGCAGUAGAAAUUUUUAAAAAUCCAAUUAAUCCAGUUAAUUUAUGCAGGCCAGAUGAAAAAAGGCCAAUCGACGAACAAAUGGAGAUUGAAACGUGGGUGGAAGCUAAGGAAAAUGUUAUUGAAAUCCAUUUUAAAUCAAUUAGGUUUUUUUGACAUCAAAUUAGAUAUAGCGCUUUCCCGAGGAUGGCGCGGAAUGGCGCCAUCCUCGGGAAAGCCAGGAAGGCAUCCACACGGGAACUGGGAGUUCCACGUGUGGAUGCCAUUUUGACAUGUGGAAGUUUGGAUCCCACAUGUCAAAAAUGGCAUCCACACGUGGAACUCCCAGUUCCCGUGUGGAUGCUUAGUUGACUUUCCCGAGGAUGGCGCCAUUCCGCGCCAUCCUCGGGAAAGCGCUAUAUAUGACUGGAGCUCUAGUUGGCUAUGCAUCCAAUAAAAUUACACAAGAAGAGUUUGAAGGAUUUUUCAAAGGAAAAGAAAAUAAAAAGCCAAAAUUAGCCCCUUCAGCAGGACUUUAUUUAGCUGAGGUCGCAUAUCCGUAA